AUGGCUGAAAAUUCACCGAAAUGCAUGAUUGCAACAGCAGGCCUAGCUGUGAAGGCCCUUGCUCUGACGGCGCUUGCCCUUGCCUUCCUCGCGGCGGCUGCGGAGGCCCAGGCGCCGUGCGGCGGGCCGCAGUGCGGCUGGCAAGCCGGCGGCUCCGUGUGUGGCGACGGUCGUUGCUGCAGCAUGUAUGGCUACUGCGGGUCCGGCCCAAGGUAUUGCGGCCUCAACUGUCAGAGCAACUGCCAUGAGGGUCUCGCCGCCGCCACACCGGUGAAGGCGGACCCACAGUGCGGUGUCCAGGCCAGCGGUGCAGUGUGCGCCAAUGGCCUCUGCUGUAGCCAGUUCGGGUUUUGCGGGCUCGGCAUCAAAUACUGUGGUGUCGGCUGUCAGAGCCAGUGUUUGGGUCCGUGA